AAAACAAUAGGUUAAUUUUAGCUUUGGUAAUAGUUUUUCUAUUUCUACCUAUAAAGUUUACAUUGAGACUAAGACAAAGAUUACAAGUUAAAGAAAACAAAACAAAUAAAAUAGAAGUACAUAUUGUGGACAUUCAAAAUAUUAUAUCGCAUUACCAAUUUAUUGUAUUUAACUAAACAAAGUCACGUGUUCCUCGACAAACUUUGUUUAUAUUUAAGUAGUGAAAGGACUUUCAUCAACAUGGUUCGAAAACUUAAAUUUCAUGAACAGAAAUUACUUAAAAAAGUAGAUUUUAUUUCAUGGAAAGUCGACAAUAAUUUAAAUGAAGUUAAGGUUAUGAAAAAAUACUUCAUACAGAAACGCGAAGAUUACACAAAAUACAACAAAUUAUCAAGGGAAAUAAGAGAACUAGCAAAUAAGAUAAAAGAUUUAGAUGCUAACACAGAGUUCAGAACAGAAUCGAGUGCCCAGCUGCUGGAAAAGCUAUAUCAGAUGGGAAUUAUUCCUACGAGAUGGGACUUAGCUCUUGCAAGCACUGUGUCAGCAAGUGCCUUCUGUAGAAGACGACUUCCAGUUGUUAUGGUUAGAAGUAAAAUGUCAGAAUCCAUAAAAGAAGCUACAAAGUUUAUAGAACAAGGACAUGUCAGAGUUGGUCCAGAAGUUGUUAAAGAUCCAGCAUUUUUAGUUACAAGAUCUUUAGAAGAUUUUGUCACAUGGGUAGAUGGUUCUGCCAUCAGGAAACAUGUGCUAGAAUAUAAUGAAAUGAGAGAUGACUUUGAAAUGCUAUGAGUGCUAAGAAUUGAGUUUUGAAAUAAUAAAAUACUUUUACAACAAAA